GUUCAACUAGUCCCAAACAUGUGCAUGAUUCACAUUAAUGAACUGCGAACGUGGCACUUGCGCGGUAUGCGCACGGAUGUGAGUGCAUCGCUGACAUUGCACGCGUGUUGGUAUUACGUCGUUCGACGUGCAUUCGAAUAAGGCUUGCCUGGCUUUAGACUUUCGUUGCGAUCGCGCCAAUACCUGUUCUGAACGUCCAUGGCAAGUAUCCAAGAUGUAUCGUCAACCAAUGCGUCUUCUGCCAGUGAGCGUGCCCCGCUCCUUCCAGAGCGGCAGUAUGCGUUGUCACACAGUGGACGCAAAUUUUCCCCAUUGACGCUUUUAAUUCCGCUAGCUAUCGCGACACGACUUACUGCGACCCUUCCUUCCACUACAUUAUUGGGGGUUGUUCAAUCAGUCGUUUGUCGGCUGUGGCUUACGGCCAAUGGAGACUUACCACCAGACGGGCAGAUUUCUAAAGAACUAUGCGCAGUUCCAGAGGUGGAGAAAACAUACGCUGCAGUCAUUUCAGCAUUGGUAAUCUUCGAUGGGCUUGGAGUCGCAUGCAGUGGGAUUAGCUAUAUUAGCUCCAGGUUCGGAAGAAAACCGGCCAUCCUCGGCGUAAUUGCCAUUAGCUUUUCUGGAUAUUCUCUUCUGGUCUGUUCCCAGUACUUGCCUGGAUGGCUAGAAGCAAGUACUAUGAUCACCGCCCUUUUCAUACAAACGUUUAGCAAUACCUUGACUAUGAUGUUCCUUGUGAACAUCUAUGCCGUUGAUGUCUCCAGCGCUGAGGACAGAACACCCGUUUUGAGUGCCAUCAAUGGAUGGGCGACUCUAGGCCAGGUAGUCUCCUUUGCUAUUGGUGGUCUUAUUACUACCAAGACCAACGACCCGCUAAUCGUUUACUACAUCUCCAUCUCCAUCCUCGGGGCAAUGUUCGUCUACGUCUCAGCUUUCCUCCCCGAAUCAUUUCCUGAAGAGAAACGAAAUGAACUGCGUCACCAGCGUCUCGCUCAGCAAAAAAACACUCGUCAAAAUUCAUCGAACCGCCUCAUAUCCGCGAUAGCCGUCGCGUUCGAACCUUUGAAACAGCUGGUUCCUACCCGCAACGCGGAUGGCAGACGGAACUGGCGAGUUGUGUAUUGCGCGAUUCAUAUCAUCAUCGCAACGCUUGCGAAUUCAUAUGCACCGGUAUCUCUCCUGUUGUUGUAUACAACGAAGUACAGCUACAACCCUGCCCAGACCGGAAUGCUGUUAACGACAUCAAGCUUGAGCGCUGUGUUCUCUCUUACAUACAUGAUACCCUCGCUGAUUCGCGCAUUGCAUCCAAUUUAUGCCAAGAAGGCUGCCCUCCCCGAAGACCAACAGGGCACCAGCGAUGACACUGUUGUAUCUACAUCGACUGACCUUCUCGAUGUCCAUAUCACCUUCAUCUCCUGGGUCGUCAAUGCUCUUGCGUAUAUCAUGGCGGCUGCAACGUCGACUCGUAUUUUACACCUCACAGCGGUGACUAUCAUUGGGUUUAGUGCAGCACACACUCCCAUCUUUCGAAGUCUCGUAGUGUCAUCGGCCGACCCCUUAAAACAAGGGGAGGUUCUAGCUGCUAUCGAGAUGAUGUCGAGUAUCGGAGUCUUCCUAUCUCCUGUCGUCAUGGGCAGUAUUUUCACUGCUACAAUCUCGAAGGUCCCGAUGUUGGUGUUCUAUAUCCAUGCGGCGAUCGUGAUCACAGCUGCGUCGCUACUCUUCCUUAUUAGAGAUUCCGACCGUUAUCAGAAGCCACCACGUACACAAGACUGAUGUAUGAACAACUUUGCUAUAGAUGAGAUAGAAUUGUCCGACAAAGGGUAUCAGUACACCGCAUACAUUGGAGUGAUUUUUGACUUGCGUGCUGAUCUGUAUCUCUAGUCUAAAUAGAAGAAAU